CGACCUAAGAAAGUUAGGUUGCGUGACAAAAUAUCUUUCCGCAAUGACGUUUGUAAACUAUUGCACCAAUCAAAUUGACAGCUUAUGUCCGCAUAAGCUAAGCAUUAAACACAUUUUUAUCUGAACGGUAUAUAAACCAAACACAAUCCACAGAGUGCACUUUAUCAAAAUUCUUUAUUUUAUUAUAGACAACUUACUUUAAUUUUAAAACACUAUGAAAAAAACACCUGGAACAAAUAAUACAAUUAAUCGACAUUCUUUUAAAGUGCAUCAAAGAUCAGGACACCACUUAGAACUUCUGGAGGCGAUUCAGUCCAAUCAAGGAUCACUACCUGCCAAUGACAUCCAACAACAGAAUACCUCUGACGAACGACCUACUAUCCCGCUAAGCGAAUCUCGUAGUUCUGAUAUGGAGUCCAUUGAAAGACCAAUCCAACCUGAACGCACUGCCGAACCAUUGUCUGAACCUGCAAAUGAAUUUGAUGAAAAUCAAUAUGAUGAUUAUGAUGGUGACGGUGAUGAUGAUGGGCGUCAUAAUGGUGAAGAAGAAUUCGAUGGUGGUAAUGCCUUUGACCAUUUUAACAAUGAUUUUAACAACGGAGGGGAAUCUGAUGAUGAUAGCGAAUCUAAUGAACCUCCCGUUCCUGUUAACGACGUCAACAACGGCUCUAAUGGUAAUGAUGGUGAUGAUGGUAAUGAUGGUAAUGAUGAAUAUCUUGAUUUGAGUGGUGAUGUCAACGACAAUCCAGCACAUCCUUUCGAAAAUGAAUACAUAAUACAUGCCCUUCUUUUCUUCAAGUCUGGUAGCUUUAAGUAUUCAGAAGUCGAAAUCAAAUCAGUUCUUGAUUUUGGUAAAUAUAUGGCUGAAAUUGCAAUCAAAGAGUACAGAGCUCAACUAGCUUUGGAUCCUUCUGAUGUUAUUUAUGAUUUCCGUGGUUAUCCCACUCCCCACCGCGUUUCCAGAUUUCACAAAUCCAAGAAAAGUUAUGAUAACGGCGGACUUCUUGUCGAACCUACUGAACCUGUCACAUCAACUAGCGCAUCUGCCUCUGCUCCUGCUCCUGCCUCUGCUCCUGCCUCUGCUCCUGCUCCUGCCUCUACCUCUGCUCCUGCCACUACCUCUGCUUCUGCCACUAAUCCUGCUGCAACGAAUACAACUGCUUCUGCACCCGAUGUUCCUGUUGUUGUCGCAUUAAAGCCUGACUUGUUUCUCAAUGAUGUAUCUGAACACUUGCGACUUCUCGUAGGUAAUCCCUGUAUGUCUGGUUUCCUGUCAGAUCUUCCUGAUCGAACACCUAACCAACGAAUCAAGCUAAGUCAAGGUGAAAAGUGGAAUUGUGAUAGAUUGUUUGAGCAUCCCAUGAUAAUUACUGUCUCUUUGCUGUCUGAGAGCAAUAUUCCUCUUCUUGUGAACGUUGAUUUGUAUCCAAUUAAAUCCGAUAAUAAUCUUGAAAUAUGCUGUUUAUACCACAUCCUUCUCCACUGUCCCAUAACCGACCUUGACAUCAAUAAUGUCUUUCGUGCCGAACAUGAAUCCUUCGAUGCAUUUACCAGCUUACAACAAAUAAAUGGUGACGAUUAUCUUUGUUCUAGAGAUGUUGUUGCUAAUACUCGAUUGAUUCGCGCUCAUCAUGACAUGAUUGAUACUGGUAAUAAGUACAAACGUCCACUGCCCAUUAGAUCACGUAUAAGAAGCAUAAAUCCCAAUUCGCCAAACUACCAGGUCGUUAGAGUAAUUCCGUACAACCUUUUCUCUGAUGAUACCAAUGCUAAUUCUACAUCAAAAUGGAAUUGUUUCGAUUCGUGUGUUGCCAAUCAUUAUUUGAAUCAAUUUUUUAUAUGUGAAUCAAAUCGUCAUACUGCUAUGGAACAGUUGUCUUCCCCUGUCCCCGAUUUGAAGAAGCUGGAAACUGGUCUGCCGAUGUUUGAUGCUAUUCUCAAGGAAGAAGUCUUUGUUGUUGCUCCUCUUUUUGUUUCUUGUUUGAAAGCUUCAACAGCUACUUAUCCGUGUAGAAAAUGCUUCUGGUGUCGACAUGCUGAUGCUUUUGAUCCUAAUAGAACUACCACGGCCGAAGAACACAUGUCAGUUCCAAAAGAAAAAAGCGAUGACUCGGAUAGUACUGAUUUCUCGAUACGUGUUCGUAACAGACAGGUCAAACUACUUCUGAAGAGAUCUAUGGUCUUUCUGGUGAACAAUCUAAUGGUGCUACGAUUCCAUACGCCAAAAACUGGUGGUCCAUUGUGUAUGUCGUAUUUGGGGGAAGUUGUUCAAUAUAAAAAGGAUCAAUUAUUUCAUCGCAGCAGAGUUCUUUUAUAUUCUGCUAAUCGGGAAUUCGGCAGUACUGAAUAUAUUGCUGGAAAGAAGAUUGCUUUGAACAUGACGGCUAUUCUCGAUGUUGACUUGGAUUCUCUUGGGGCUAUUGUUGAGGUGUAUGAACUUGUUUCCAUGCCAGCUUUCGUGAUUCACGAUGACAGUAGCCUCAUUUCUGUCUAUCAAGCUGACGAAAGUGAUAAUCUCCUCACUAAGAAAACUGGAGAAAUCUUGGACUUGCUGAAGUAUAAACUGACUGUGGUGGAAUUACUUGACAUGUCUCAGGAAACUGAGAUUGAUACUGUCAAGUAUUCUCUUAUCAACAGGUGCAAGUUCGGUACUUUCUGGUGGCUCCAUAACACCAAUCGUUAUUUCAAAAUUUUUAGAAAAUGAAAGAAACUAAUCAUUUUGUUUUUUUUUUUUACAUGUCAUUUUUUCAAAAAAAAAAAAAAAAAGUCUCUUCCAUUUUGUUAUCCAAUAAAAAUGCUUAGC